AUGGAGACGAUACGGCUCGAUAAAUCAGCUUUAAAAGCGGUGGAUGACUACUGGGAGUACAGAAGGAUAGUAGGUGAUGAUGAUGGAGGAAAACUGUUCACUCCAGAGCAAUAUGAAGAGUACAAGCGGAAGGUGCUGCCUCAGCGAGUCAACAACAGGCUGUAUGUGAGCUUUGGCGUACCAGGGGGUAUUGACUGCAGACUAAUUGGCCCUGAGACACCGUGCUUCUGCGCACAUAGGUACAAGCAGCAUAAGACAGAUUGGGAAGUGGUUCCUUCUGAGCGACCUCUGGCCCUACCAUGUCAAGUCAGCGGAUGUCACUGUCCUGCCUACCACUAUGUUCCUCGGCUUGGAUCAAACCCUGUACGCUGCAGGUGUAAACACUUACCUCGGGAUCACAGUGAAGCCUCUGGCCACUUAUGCAAGAUGUGUUCCUGUUCUGGGUUCCAGAGUCCCUACACCUGUGGAUGUGGCCGGCCCUGCUCUGCCCACCAGACCCUGGUUGAGACAAAACUAGAGAGGGAGGCACGAGGUCAGCCAGUAGGCAAGGAUGUCCCUUAUGCUGCCAUGGGAGGGCUGACAGGGUUCACCUCUUUGUUGGAUGGUUACUUAGCUUUGGAAGGCAGCAGUUCAGAUGGAGACAGAGACGAUGGCUGCCAACAGAGCUGCUCAGCCUUAAGGAUCAACAGCACAUCCACUAAAGCAUUAGGAUCUGUUCUGUGUAAGAAAAGCAACAAAAAACACUGAAAUGCAACACAGUGCUUCGAGUUCAUCAGUCAAACUGUUCAUUAUAUAACGGACAGUUAAGAUGAAGCAUAUAUCAAAUAAAUCAUUCAUAUGUCCCGAUCUAUGACUUUAACCUUAUCUAAAGCUGCCUUGUCUCACAGCCAGGUUAUUUCAGUUUUUCUUGAGGUGUAUGUCUUGGUCGGUGUUGUGGCACUAUCAGCAACAGCAGUGAUUAAAUCCCUUUACACAAAUAAAAAAAUAAAAAGACAAUAUAUAGUACUGGUCCAGUCAGAAGUUCCAGUGUGGGGAGCCACUGUCAGCAUUACUUUGAGGGCCCAGAUUUUUAAGUUUUAAGUGAGU